AUGGCUCAACAGUACUCUCAGGGACCUAACGUCCAGAACCAGGAAUGGCAGAACAACCUUUGCGAUUGCUCGCCUUGCGACUCUUGCAUGCUCAGCACAUGCUGCCCUUGUAUUCUUCUGGGUAAAACCUCCGACCGUAUGAGAGAUCCUACCAUGCAGACUGCCGAUACCUGCAACAGCGACACCCUUAUAUUCUGUGCUAUCCAAUGUGUGACUGGAUGUGGUUGGAUUUACUCCAUGAUGAAGCGCGGUGAGAUCCGUGAGCGAUUCGGCAUCAAGGGCAGCGGCAUGAACGAUUGCUGUGUCAGUUACUGGUGUCUAUGCUGUGCUCUUAUUCAGCAGGACAACGAAGUCAAGGGCCGUCUUUCUCACGGGCCCAUCACACAGGGCUAUCAAGCUCAGAAGGAGGGUAUGCACAUGCCUACCUCUGCUCCUCCUCCUCAGCAGCAGCAGCAGUACCAGGAUCAGAAGCCUCAACCUCACCAUCAUCCUGAGCAGCAGAUGCACCCUCAGCAUCAAAUGCACCAACAACAGCAAAUGCAUGCUCAACAGCAAUCCCCUCACCCCGAUUACCAGCUCCCUCAGCACGGUCACCAGUCUCCUCCACCUCAGGGAGCGUACCCUCCUCAACAGACUUACAAUCCUCAUCAGCCUCAGCCCCAGUAUUAA